AUGGCAUCUCAUCCCGCAACAAUGAAAGCCUGGAUGUACCGAAACACAUCAGGCGUCCCUGGCAUCGGCCUAGAGAAAAACCUCAACUUGGAAACCACAGACGCACCACCAGCUCCAAAGAGAAAUGAGGUCGUCGUCAAAGUAGUCUCCGCCUCCAUCAACCCAGCUGACUACAAAGUCCCCGAAAUGGGGCUUCCAGCGCGUUUGUGGAUUGGCAUGCCCGCAAUUCCAGGCAUGGACUUUUGCGGACGCGUUGUGGCUACCGGGCCGGACGCGACCCAUCUUUCCAUAGGCCAACUUGUGCACGGCUCCCAUAGUGUUCCGGUGCAUUUUGGCUCGCUGGGCGAGUACCUCAUUAUCUCCUCUAGCCUCAUCGCACCUGUGCCUGAAGGUGUCGAUGCGGACCAGGCAGCUAGUGUCUCUAUUGCGGGCCAGACGGCGUAUCAGUCACUGCUACUCGGAGAUUUGAAAGAGGGGGAUAAGGUGUUUAUUAACGGUGGUUCUGGUGGGUGUGGAGUAUAUGCAAUCCAGAUUGCUAAGGUUCUGGGCUACCAUGUUACGACUACUUGUUCGGCGCGGAAUAUCGAGCUCUGCAAGGAACUCGGCGCCGACGACGUCAUUGACUAUACAGCCGAGAAGGAUAUGAGUGGUAUGCUGCGCGAGCGUGGUAUUGUCUUUGAUCAUAUUCUUGAUCAUGUUGGUACGCCGGAUGAUUUGUAUUACCAGUCUCAUCAUUUCCUGCGGGCUGGUGGCAUGUUUGUGCAGGUUGGGGCAUACUCGAACAUGGUUCAUACUUCCAGAGUAGCCUGGCCCUCUUUUCUUGGCGGUGGAAAGAGGAAGUACAAGAUCUUUUUCUUUAAGAAUACGCAAGAACAUGUUGCUCAGCUUGGAAAAUGGUUGCAGAAUGGUUCAUUGAAGAUACCAGUGAUACCUUACGAAUUUGAAGAUGCACCCGAGGCAUUUGUGAAGCUUCGAUCGGGACGAGCUCAGGGGAAGCUUGUGGUACAUGUCAGCAGGCUGUAG